AGUAAAAGAGUUGUUUGCAGUUUCUGGAUAGAUUACUUUUAAGCAACCAAAGAGGGGAAAGGCCUUUGGCAAAAAAUACUCGCUGCCUGCAGCCGUCAUCCUUUAGGGAACCAGCCCUUGGGUCUCCCGGGCCGAGAGUUGUUAAGCUAGGAACGAUUCUCCUUUACCUUUGGAAACGCGAAAAUGUCCGCAGGCGGCGACUCUUCUAGGGGCGGCGCUGGCGAACAAGGCGUCUUGGCACCGGCCCCGGGGAAGGCUGGUCAGGGGCGUGAGCUCCCCUCUUCCCCCAGCACCAAAACAUUGGGGGGAGGAGGGGGAGGGAAAAAAGGCAGCGCGCCCCCCACGCUUUGCACUCCGGACAAUUAGCUGCCCGUGACUGGCUGUGCCCGGCGCGGGACUUAAUUGGGGAGCCCCCCUCGGCCCAGCAUGCCCUGCCCCGGCUCUGGCCCUUCUGGCUUCUUGGCCUUUUUAGCCCCUGGAUUGGCGCUGUUGGCUCACCUCUCUCUCCCCUCUCAGGCCGGGGUGAAGCGCCUUCCCGCCAGGACAAGCCCACAGGGCACCCCGGGCAGGACGCUCAUCCUCCUGGACGUGAGUACCAGGAGCUCCCUCCGUGUCACCAGCGAGAACUUCCUCUCGCUGCAACUGGAUCCUUCAAUCCUCCACGACGGCUGGCUGGACUUCCUCAGUUCCCGACGCUUGGUGACCUUGGCGCGUGGCCUGGCGCCCGCCUUUCUCCGCUUCGCGGGCAAAAGGACCGACUUUUUGCAGUUCCAGAACGUGAAGAACCCAGCCAAGAGCCGUGGUGGACCGGGACCGGAUUACUACCUCAAGAACUACGAGGACGACAUUAUUCGCAGUGAUAUUGCACUGGAUAAACAAAAAGGCUGUAAGAUUGCACAGCAUCCUGACAUCAUGUUGGAAUUACAAAGAGAAAAGGCAGCUCAGAUGCACCUGGUUCUUCUCAAGGAGCAAUUCUCUAACACCUACACAAAUCUCACACUUACAGCCAGGUCUUUAGACAAACUUUAUAAUUUUGCUGACUGCUCUGGCCUGCAUCUCAUCUUUGCACUAAAUGCUUUAUGCCGGAAUCCCAACAAUUCCUGGAACAGCUCCAAUGCCCUCAGUCUGCUCAAGUACAGUGCCAGCAAGAAGUACAAUAUCUCCUGGGAGCUGGGCAAUGAACCAAAUAAUUACCGAACCCUCACAGGACGAGCAGUGAAUGGCACUCAGUUCGGCAAGGACUAUACGCAGCUGAAGAGACUGCUACAAUUAAUCCGCACCUAUUCCCGAGCCAGUCUGUAUGGGCCCAAUAUUGGGAGACCUAGAAAAAAUGUUGUCACUCUCUUGGAUGGGUUCAUGAAGGUGGCAGGGAACAUAGUGGAUGCAGUUACCUGGCAACAUUACUACCUUGAUGGCCGAGUGGCCAAGGUGACGGACUUCCUGAAAACACGCCUGUUAGACACACUCUCUGACCAGAUCAGGAAAAUCCAGAAAGUGGUCAAUGCAUACAUGCCUGGAAAAAGGAUUUGGUUAGAGGGUAUCGGGGCUGCUUCUGAAGGAGGCAUCACUAAUCUCUCAGAUUCCUAUGCUGCCAGCUUCCUGUGGCUAAACUCUCUUGGGAUGCUAGCGAGCCAGGGCAUCGAUGUGGUAAUGAGACACUCAUUCUUUGAUCAUGGGCACAGCCAUCUUGUGGACCAGAACUUCAACCCAUUGCCGGACUACUGGCUCUCACUGCUAUACAAGCGACUUGUGGGACCCAGAGUACUUGCUGUUCAUGUUGCUGGACUGCAGAGAAAACCUCGCCCUGGCAGGGUGAUUCGUGAUAAGUUACGGAUCUAUGCUCACUGCACCAGUUACUACAACCAUAAUUAUGUCCGUGGUUCUAUCACAAUUUACAUUAUCAACUUGCAUCGGUCACGAAAGAAAAUCAAGUUGGUGGGGACCCUUCGGGACAAACUUGUCCAUCAGUAUGUGCUGCAGCCCUAUGGUCAGGAAGGACUUCAGUCAAGGUCUGUGCAGCUUAAUGGACAGUUCCUCACUAUGUUGGAUGAUGGAACCCUGCCAAAUCUGAAGCCUCGUCCCCUUCGUCCUGGACGAACCCUUGUUAUUCCACCGCUCACUAUGAGCUUCUACGUGGUGAAGAAUGUUAAUGCCCUGGCAUGCCGGUAUCGGUAGCUCUAUCAAACCCCACUACCAAGGGCAGACCUUGAGGCCCUCUUGGGGCACUUCUUGGCAGGGGUGUGUAGACAUCACCAGGAAAAGAGGACAGAAGUGCCUCCAGGAAAAAACUAUUCACAGAUAUUUCACAUGUUCUUAUGGUCCUAGCAUCCCCACUUGCUGUGGCGAUUUCCAAAUAAGCAGUAUUUUAAACCCUUUGCAAUUUUCUUAUAGACUAUCAUAGAGUGGGUUCUUUGUGCCACCUUGUGGGCAAUGAAGAAGCUGUAAUAUGAAGAAUUGUUCCUGGCUUUCUGUGCUCAGCAAGUGGAAAGUCAAGAUGCAUCCAUCACAUCAGAGGCUACCAAAAAUGUAUCAGCAGGAAGAAGCUUAGAAUCUAGUAUUUCAGCUUUAUCCCUGUGGAUGGUGUGCCCCCUACUGGCAAGUGGCAACAGAACAAGCAAUGUAGCACGGAAAACGCAUCUAAAAGAGCCAGAAUUGUAUCUUGAAGAAUUAAGCACCCAGUUGUGCUGCAGAAGACAAUCCAGACAUGAAAUUCUGGACUGUCUAUAACUGCUUGAGCCUAUGGCAUUGUUGGAUGGAAAAGAAGAGGAUUGGUCUUGGCCACUGUAAAUAAUGCUGCCUCUUGGGAGCAUUUGUUGUAAAUGUUAACUAUUAAAUUAUAUUUUCUGAAAAGCUGAAAAAAUACUUUAAGAAUUGAGAAAUUGAGGCUUUAAAAAAGUUUUCUACUUCUUGGAGCACCAAUCAAUUGUAUCAGGUGGUGCAUGAAAGAAUGACAGAAAGGCUUGUAAAUAUUUAAAAACAUCUAUUAUAUUUCUGUUUCAAUAUUUUGAAGCCUCUGCAUCAUACUAAGUCUGGGUUGCAAAACUCUGCAUGGCAGCAAAGAGCAAUAAUUUUCUGUGUCUCUUUGCUUUCAUGUAGUGGUCAUUCAGAUUUUUGCAAACCAGAUCCAGUAGCUCUAUCCCUGCACUUUCUAAAAGUGGUGCUUAUAUUAAGUUAGAUGUCAUAACUAAUUAUGAGCAACCAGACAUCUGUUAUGUUAUUAAUAACCCUGCAUACUUCUCCAGUCUGAGGAUCCAUCCUAUUGUUUACACUCCGAUGCACAAUAGCCUUUUAGAUACAGUCCACCCCACAUUAUUUAUCUCUAUUCAUUUCACCUCAGAUGCUACUAAAAGAAACAAAGAUCUAUAUACAGUGUUCUCCAAAAUUAAAUUAAGUUAGCCUGGGGGAGGAAGAUAAUUCAGAUAUAAAGUCUUGGGAUUUUUUUGGUUGACAUUAAAUGUAAAUGAUAACAAGAUUUAAAAUAAAAAAUGAAACUUCCACUAUGUUAAUAUAUACUUUUUGUCAAAAGAAAAAGAAGAGAGAGCAACUUUUCACAAGUGCCAUCUAAUAAUAGUAGUUGACUCUUUUAUACUUUUGUUAUCAGUGUUUAAAGUACAGGCCUCACCAAAUAACUUGCCUAAUUAUUUAAUGGCCUCUCAAGUUCAAAAAUAGUUUUGAUAUAAAUUUAAAGGUCUCUUAUUUUAUUACAGAAUGAAAAUUUCUAAAUUGGUUUUCUUGACCCUUUUAGCUCAUAAUUAUUUUGCUAUGUGCAUGAUUGAUUUAAUUUCCCCUAGGACAACAAUCAAUUACAGAAAAAAAGUGUGUCAAUGUCGUCUUUAGGCAUGCAAGACCAGGAAUAAAGCAACUAAAUCUGAAUCAUAUUAUUUAUGUAAUGCUUUAGAGUUUUCAAUUACUUUAGGUAUGCUAUAAUUAAUACUAUUGUUACUAUUAUUAUUAAUCAUUACAAUAAUUGCGGAAAAUAGAUCAGCAUUUUUAGUUCUAUAUUGCAAAUGAAGGAUGGAUAUAGAAGUUAAGAAGCAGUAACCUGUCCUGAAAAAACCUGAGUAUAAACACAUAGCAAAAGGCAAGAACAAAGAAUGUUUUGAUUAAUGGAUUAGCUUAUAAAUGCUGUAAUAAUGAUUUACUCUAUUAACAGGGUGAACUCAAUGAUCUCUGGAACAUAUUCCAAGUGUGAUGCUAUGCUUUCAGCUACAGUAUUAUGUAUAUCAAUCUCAGUAUACUGCUCAUCACAGCGUAAAACUGAAUAGCAUGUAUUGCAAAAGCUUGACAACUAAUUUGCCAAAAACUCCAGUACCUUUUACUGGGAUUGCCUAGGAUGCCAUGCCUGCCUGUAGCUUGCGAAACAAUCUCUUGAGUUUCUGAAUGAAAUUACAGAAGCUGUAUUCCCCACUUUGUUUCUUCAUGUCCUCUCACCCAACUCUCUUGCCCUCUCUGCUCUACAGUAAUAUAUAUUGCAGCCUGAAUUAGAUGUACAGAAUGUGAAACAUGAAUUGUGAAUGCAGUUUAAAAUACAGGUGCAUCCUCCAACUAUCAAUGCAAAUAUUCUCCCUUUUUGCAUCAUCUCUGAGAAUUACUGAGUAAGGUUGAACCUGGCUGAUAUUUAGAUGUGAGGCUACCAAAAAAGACCAGAGUGGGAAUAAGAAAACACAUUCCAUAAGAAGACAAGUAGAAAAUAUUUCUCUAUUGCUGCACACGAAAUAACUUGAAAUUCUUCUCCUGUUCCUAAACUCAGAAUCUUUGGUGAAGAAUAGAAAAGUGAUAGUGAGGAAGGGUUGGAAUACAAAACGGAAAAGCAAAAUUUAGUGUUGCUUACAGUCCAACAAAAUAACCUGCAAAGAUUUAACCCAAAAUAGUAAAAAUUAAAGGUAAAGUUUCUUUUCUCUACAUUUUCUUCCCCUAAAAGGUGGAUAAUAUCCAGUUUAGAAGAAAAUAUGUUUUCUCAAUAAAGAAUUGUUAAGAAAUGUAGAUGCUUCCAUGGUUUUUGAACCACUAGGUCUGUUCAGGAAACCUAAUGGACAGUGUCUAGUACCGUGAUGGCGAACCUAUGGCACGCCUGCUGGACAUGGGACACAGAGCCAUCUCUCCAGGCAUAUGAGCUAUCACCCGUUGCUCUUCUGGGUUCCAGCAUGCCGGUCAGCUGGUCUUCACGUGAGAGCGCUGGAAACCGGAAAAGCAGCUGCCCAGUACGGAUGCACACGCUGAAAGAUAAUCUUCCCGUUUUUGGCACAUGCAUUCACCCCGACCACCUGGUCUUCCCAGUUUAUGGUGCACCCCUGCACGUGAAGACCAGCUGGCCAUUGCGCUGGAACCCGGAAGAGCAACGGGUGAUAGCUCGUGUGCCCAAAGAUGCGGAGAGGGGAUCUCAGCGAUCACUUCCUAGGGGAUCAGAGCUAUUGGCCAGGACUGGCGGGGCUUCCCUCCUUCCCCGCCUGAGUGGGCUUCUUGUGCGGCCCCAGCCCUCCAACUCAUGGUACCGACACACAUCCACGGUUCGGAGUGCUGGCCGGCUUAGAGUAGCGGCUUAGAGCAGCAGCAGCAGCAGCAGGAGAGACCAGCCGGCCCCUGCAGCCGCUCCCCUGCCAGUGAGUCAGGCCCUCAGCGGCAUCUCCAUGCAUGAGGAACUGCGCUCUCCUUCAUUCCUCCUGGGGCAGCUCGCCUCCCUGAUGACAGCUCCUUUUCCAUCAUGUCUUCCUCUAGCUGGUCUUCACUCGCGCAUGCGCACCAGAAACUGGAAAACUAGGUGGCCGGUGCACAUGCACGCGCUGGAAACUGGAAGAUCGCAGCUGCUCUGUUAAAUGUUAACUAAAGUGAUAUUAAGUUGGUCAGUGAUAUGAAGUAAAAGCAUCAGAAUUCUUGUACAUAGAGUAAUGCAAUAGCUAGCAUAUAUGAGUAGCACAGAUGAGUAGAAUUUAAGCAUAUUUUCUUGAAUUUUUCUUCAGCAGAAUGGGAAUCAACUUCUAUUUUAAUAAGUCAAUUGGAAACCCAUAGACUCAACUUCUUGUUCUUCAGGUAACAAAUGAAUUUCCAUUACUAGACAUAAAUAUUUUAAGCCUGAGCUGCAAAACUUUAUUUUAAAGCUUCUACUUGUCUUAUAUUUGUUCCCUGGGCAAAUAUGACAAUCUCUUGAAUAAUUAUUUUUUCAAUCUCUAUAAGAAAAUUCCAGAGUUGGAAUUGGUUAACCUCAUAAUAUGCACAUCCUUUGACACUACACAAUAUCCCUACUCUAAUUAAACUGUACAAAAAGAGUUUGUGAAGAAUUUAGAGCUGUCUUUUUAAAACAAUAACAACAAAAUAGAAUUGUUGAACAGCAAAAUGAAAUAGCACUGUGUUGUAGCCUGUUCCUGGUCACAUAAAGUCAUAGCAAUUUGGGAAUGUUGGACCAAUAUUUUCUAUUGGUUUCAUAUUUUCUAUUUUCUAUGGGAUUCCUUCUGUGGCUCAGGUCCUUUUCUGCACUGGCAGUAGUGCAUCAAGGUAAUUCUAUCACUUGCUGUUUUACUCAAGAGAUUGUUUUUCUACAGGCAUUUCCAGGUUCUGCUUUGCCAUUAGCAGCAUCUGCUUGUUAAUCCACAGCCAUCUGAAGAUAAACAGGACUACUUUCUCCAUGUAGGUUUGGUAUCCAAAGUAGUGCUUCCUUGGUAAUCACAUCACUUUUUGAUAUUCAAUUAUUGUAAAAAAAUCCACUUUGUUUAUCUCAGUUUAAGAUUGAAUAUGGUAUAAUUGGAUUGAGCAGUCUAAAUGUUUAUAGAUGUGAAUUAAAUAUCACAACUGUG